UGACAGAUGUUUUUCAUCAACAUUCAACUGCACGAAAAUCAUUUAUUACUCCUAAUCUCGAUAAAGAUAUUAAGUCGACGUUAGAAGCGACAGUUUCUGAUGAAUGGCUUUAUGGUCAAAAGCUAACUGAUCAGGUGAAAGACGCUAAAAAUAUUAAAAAAGCGUCUACAUCACUUAAAGCCCCGGAAAAACCAACAGCUAAGAAGACAACUAGUCAGGUAAAUUGGAGAGGCCCACCUGGGAAAGCCAGACAGGUGGGCUAUUACCCAAAACGGCAGUUCACGAACGUGAAAUACAAAUCGAGACCAUUUCAGACAAGACCAUCUCAGAGUUCAAGUCGCUCGACGACGCAAACGUCGAGUCGAUCGACGUCGAAGAAGUAGAAAAAGAAGAAGAUCCAUCCUCUAUCACACAAGCUUUCUCUAGUGGUAGGGAAACUAUCAGGGAAGCGUUUCUAAUAAAGGGAGUACCGGAGGACUCCGUCGACUUCAUGGUAAAUUCAAUCACGCCAUCAACACUCAAACAAUACGAAGGCUGUCUCAAAAGAUGGACACAAUUUGCCACAGAGAAAAAAUUCAAUGCAUUCAAUCCUAGCACUGCCAAUAUAAUUGAAUUCCUGACGAAAAGAUUUAAUGAAAACGUGGGCUAUGGAACCUUAAACUCGACGAGAUCAGCAAUCUCACUCAUCGUAAAAAGAGACUUAUCUAAAGAUGACCUUAUAUCAAGAUUCUUUAAGGGAGUUUUUAAGAAACGGCCCCCUGCUCCAAAAUAUUCCACUACAUGGAAUACAGAACAAGUGUUAGAGUACAUAGAAAACCAAAAUACAAUAGAAAAUCAAACUCUAAAACAAGUAUCUGAAAUCGCAGCAACAUUACUUGUCCUCAUUACUGCUCACAGACUCCAGACUAUAUCUCUUAUCGACAUAGAUAAUAUUAGUCAAGGUUCAUCAGGCCUUCAGAUCAAAAUAACGGAAUUAAUCAAGACAUCUAAGUUAGGAAAGAACCAGCCAAUAUUAAUAGUACCAUUUUUCAAAGAAAGACAAAAAGUUUGCGUAGCUUCUAUAAUACUACACUACUUAAAAAUAACACGAUCGAUUCGAGCAGAAAAUAAAAAACUGUUUUUAUCGACGGUAAAACCACACAAUCCAGUAACCGCUCAGACAAUCGGGCACUGGAUUAAGUCGUUAUUAAACAAAGCUGGUAUCGAUACCGAGAAAUUUAGCGCAUACAGUGCUAAACAUGCUUCUGUAUCGGCAGCAUAUAGAAAAGGAGUAGACAUCGACACUAUCAGAAAAACAGCAGGCUGGACAGAUGGAUCUGCAACGUUCGCGCGUUUUUAUAAUAGACCCCUUACAGAAUCAAGCAAUAAGUUUGCUUCAGCAGUUAUAAAUAAAUAAAUAAAUUAAAAUAUAUAAGAAACGUUAAGACCUAUAGAGGUAAUUAAAGACGGGAAAUAGUUAUAAGUAUUUUUUUUUUUUUUCCUUUUGUUUGAUGUAUUUUCAUGGAAAAUAGAAACAUUAUCAC